AGCGCGCAGACGCGCUGGCAAGUUGUCGGCAACAUUCCGCGCAGGAUCUGCUUUUGCUUUUGGCAGCCUUUCGCGUUUCCAGUUUUGGAGACGAGCGCGUGGAUGUACGAUUUGUGAUUCUUGCGCUUCUUCCCUUCGGAGCUCAGCAAAAAACCGUUGCGGGCGCGAGUGCGCGUCGGCUCGAAGUUUUGCUGGUUUUUGAAUUCUCCGAAAUCGGGAGAAUGCUGCGCGAGCUGCUGGCGCUCUUCCAGCUGCUCGGCUGCGUUCUGAGCCAGGACGCGGCGGGGAGCCGCUUCGUGUGCAACGCCAUGCCGCCGGGCGCGGAGGCCGGCUGCGGCGCCGCUCCGACGGGCCCCGCCGAGGACGAGCUGCGGAGCGCCGUCGCGCGGCUGCGGGAGACCGUCCUGCAGCAGAAGGAGACCAUCGGCGGCCAGCAGCGCACCAUCAGGGAGCUCAACUCCGAGCUGGCGCGCUGCGAGGCGGCGGACGACACGGCGCCGCCGGCCAAGUCUCGGGCUCCGGGCUCCAGGAGGAAGGACUUGGGCAAGAACACCAUGGGCGACCUGCCCCGGGACCCCAGCGACACCAUAAACCAGCUGGGCAAGACCAUGCAAAGCCUGAAGGGGCGCUUGGACAGCCUGGAGCAGCAGACUUUGCACGUCCCCAGCACAAACGCGUCGGCCGGAGGCGUUCCGCCGCUGCGGGAGCUCCUGGGGCGGCGUCUGGGGCUCCUGGAGACGCAGCUCCUGCGAAAGGUGGCCGAGCUGGAGGAGGAGAAGAGCCAGCUGUACAACGACACGGCGGCCCAUCGCCGACGCACCGAGAACGCCCUCAAUUCUCUCCUGGAGAGGAUCACGGAGCUGGAGAAAAACAACAACGCCUUCAAGUCGCCGGAGGAGUUCAAGGUGUCGCUGUCUCUGCGCACCAACUACCUGUACGGACGCAUCAAGAAGAGCCUCCCCGAGAUGUACGCCUUCACCGUCUGCAUGUGGCUCAAGUCCAGCGCCAGUCCCGGGAUCGGAACCCCCUUCUCGUACGGCGUGCCGGGACAGGCCAACGAGAUCGUGCUGAUCGAGUGGGGGAACAACCCCAUCGAGCUGCUGGUUAACGACAAGGUGGCGCAGCUUCCGCUUUCGGUGAGCGACGGGCGCUGGCACCACAUCUGCAUCACCUGGACCACCAGAGACGGCUUCUGGGAGGCUUACCAGGACGGCGAGCGACUCGGCACCGGGGACAACCUGGCCCCCUGGCACCCGAUUAAACCUGGCGGGGUGAUCGUUCUGGGCCAGGAGCAGGACAUCGUCGGAGGUCGUUUCGACGCCACCCAGGCCUUCGUGGGCGAGCUGAGCCAGUUCAACAUGUGGGACCGAGUACUGCGGCCCGGGGACAUCGUGGGCCUGGCCAACUGCUCGGCGUACAUGCCCGGCAACGUGGUCCCUUGGAUAGACGCCAACGUGGAGGUGUUUGGCGGCGCCACCAAAGCUCCUCUGGAGAUAUGCGAGGACCGCGCGUUCGAUUCCUAAUGCGAGGAGUCGGCUGAAUCCAAAAAUCCAAGUAUUCUCGUUCAUCGCCCAAAAGCAAAGAGGACACGCAUCUCCAUGUUGUGCGGUCUCUCAAAGAUUCACCUUUCAAAGCGCGUGUCCGUCCGUAGAUGUCACGACCGCGUGGGGAAGAUUCGAUCCUGUUGACAUUCUGGGCCUGAUUUACUCAAGGUUUGAGCGAGCAAAAGCGCCGCAAACCCGAACAGAAUAAAAAAAGGCUUAUCAACGAUUGCGUCUGCCAAAUGGGGAAAUUGCCACGCGGUUGAUUUUGUGUGUUCUGGGAGGAGGACUUCAUGCAAAUUGGCACAUGCAUCAAAGCGGAGAUGAAUUGUGACGGCUGAUUCUUUACACGAUGCGUCUGAAAGGCAAACUGAGAGGUGGCAGGGAGAACUUUUCCGCUCGUGUCGACAUUUUGGAAAUGCCAGAAACAAAAAUUGGAGCCGGUCACAAGAAGGAGUCAUGCCAUAUUACCUGUGACAAAACUCAGGACUCAUUUCAGUGCACCGUGACCAUUGGCGGCGGCCUCUCCCAGAGCCUUUUUUUUGGUCGACUGCUGCCCCAAGUUUUCUUUUUACGCAGGAUGUCCAGAUGCAAGGUGCGUCAGAAAGGUUCCAGGACUUAUAUUUCAAAUUCUCCUCGGAAGUAAUCCACCUUGAGUGGAACACAUUUUCCCAGCCUUCUCUGGCCCGCCUGGUAGAAUUCUUCCGGGAACAUCCGCAGCUCCGUCGUCACAGCCAUGUUGAUGCCGUUCACGUCUUCAAAACGAGUCUCCUCGAUGACCCCCCGGCAAAAAAAAAUAUAGCACGGGUGCUUCGUAAAGUCGCUCCAGCACGGAGAUGUUCUUCUUGACCAGGGACUGUGGGAUGCUCAGGGCGUUGCGAGGAGGCGCGUUGUCGCGGUGAAGCGGCAACGGGUUUUCCUACCGCAACUCUCGCCUCUUCGGUUGACCGUCUGGCACACACUGAAGGGGGAGACUCGUAGUUUGUAGUCUGGCUUCAAAUACGGUACCUUUUGCGACACCGGUCCAAGAACCUUUUCUGACACACCUGGGACGUUUAAUUGCCUUGCACCCGGAACGACUGAAAUUCAACAAAACGUGUUUUUUAUGCGGUCGCCGACGUCCGUAAAAUUAUCGGGCCGAUAGGUCUGUGUAGUCGCUCAGGUCGUCACGGUAACCCGCAAAGGUUGAGUCCAGGCAACUGGACUGUUCUUCUUUGUUAAGAAUGCUUCACCUUGAAUUUUCAGCGUAAUAAAAAAAUGAUCCAUAUAAUUAAAAGGUGAAACGUGUUCAGCGAUGGAGAGCAGCCCAGCGGCCUGGUUUCCUUCGGAGCGAUUCCGCCACGAUGCGAGUUGCACUGGACCCGAGAGCAGACUGAGUAGAUUUUGAAUCCUUCGACGCAAUCGAAUCGUUUGGAAUCGUCGAUUGCGCCGCCAAGGCAAUCUGAACACGCAAUCUAGCGCCCGCAAAUGAUCGCGACUUAGUAUCUUAAUCUGUUGUUGUGAACACGCAAUUUGGGAUCUUAGUAAAUCAGGCCCUGAGAGUGUGUGUGUGUGUGUGUGUUUUGGUCUUCUUCCAUUCGACUCGUCGUGCAUCCCUAACAGCGACGAUGCCCUCCAGCCGGCUUUCGUGCGUCGCGGAACAUUAUUCCUCAGUCGGACGCUUUGAAGAGCAAACCAGCGGUGAGGAGGCGUUCAGGAUUCUUCUUUAUUGUGAAGCGUCACGCCGCGGCUGAUCGGCCAUAUUUAAUGCAUGAGCCCCAGCGAGCGCUGCAAGUUUGUGCAUGCCUUCUUUUAUUUAGUCUGCAGCGUGCGCGCGCGCGCGCGUGUGCUCAAAGCAAGUGAGCGUGCGGACAUUACGUAAGCGAAUGUCUUGCGUGUUAAAAUACGAGAUUAGCAGCGAGGGAGGACAUUUUCAUUCUUGUAAAUCUGCGCUUAAUACCUCUCUGCCCCUUGAGCAGCUGCCAUAUUCCAAACGGCUUCAUAUGGACGCUCGCGCUCAGGUUAAUCGCGAAUAGCGUAGCGCUGCCCAGAACCGGCUCAAACCGGCGGCCGCAUCCCGGCCCCGAGGGCCAAUCCGUAAUUCCUCCGUCAUGAAAUCAGCGCAACCUCGAUUUAUCGGUUUCAUUCCUGCCAUCGCCGCCCGACUCAAAUCGCUGUUUUCUUUGAACCCAAAUGGAUCCAAUCCGCGUUUGACAUGACAUUAUGAAUGUCCGCCGAGCAUAACGCUGUCAUGCUAAAAAAAAAAAAAUUCUGCAGAAAUUUAAGACUGAACCCCCGCAUAUUCGCAGUUCUCUUUUUUUAUGCUCGGGCCAAGGCCGUGUCUACUAAAAAAUGAAAAAAUAAAAAAAGUGAAAAAAAUAGCUGUUGCGCCAUCUUGUGGCAGCUAUAGGCACUUGCGAUUUUUCACUCUUAGCCGAUUGCGGAGGUUGACUGUACGUUUUGCAGCUUCAUUUUUGGCUUAGCUAAAACCCGGCUUGCACAAUUCCUUCCAGGUUGAAGUGCAACACAAAGAAAAAGCAAGAAAAUCAAUAAAGGCAUCAAGGAAUUGAUUUUUUCCGAUAGCCGUGUUAAAUGUUCCUUUCCGUUGGAGCUUGCGUGGGGGAACUUCAUACACACCGAAAAGAAAAUGAAAAGGCUGAGAAAUAAAGUUCCAAAAAACGUCAUCAAAAUUUAAGAGAAUUCAUGUUGUACUGUUAAGUCAAUCAAGUCCAAAAAGGGAGGAAUGUUAGGAGAAUUCAAUCAUAUUAAAAAAAAAUCCAUUUUUUAUUUUUUUUUUUUUUUAAAAGCAGUCCUGUUACCAGGAUGAAGUCGUCGUGCUACGAGAAAGGAAGUCAUGUCACAAUUACAGCCGUGCCUUGAGAUAAUCAUCAGUUUCAGCCUCCCCCCAGAAAAACAAGGAACAUUUUUUUUUUUAUAUAGAAGCAAAAUAACGCCAUAUAAUAUUGCACUUUAUUCAAGCAUACAGCGAUGACAUAAGUAUUUCGAUAGUAAAGGAUGAAACUGUUUUUGCCGCAUUUUUAGCUUCAAUUCAAUGCGCAUUGUGCAGCUCAUUCUGGUAUGCUCGCCUUGGACACCGGGGGCAGUAUAAAACACAGUUGCUGCAGUGAUAUUAGUUAGUUAUCACAGAGGAUAAAGAAUAUAUGCCUGUUUGUAUCGUCAUAUUAUCUGUCUACAUGUUCCGCCACCAUUUGUGUUCAAAUAUUUGUUGCUUAAAGCGUUGUAACGCCGCGACAACCACGACAACCUAUUUGUUAGCCCGUCUAUGACAUUUUGUAUUGUUUGUUAGUAUGAGGCUAAAUGGACUUUAUUCAGAGGUGACGCUACGUGAUUGUUUGAAACACACAACACGCAUUUUUUGGGAGAUUAUUCUCAUCUGCCGAAGUGCUGCUUGUUGUCAAACGAGUUGAGAUGCGUUCACUGCCACCUCACAGCGCUCGCAUCUCAAGUUUGUGUCCGCAGGUCCCCAAAAAAAAGCAGCCAAAUGAGGGCUCGUAUCUCGAAAAACUUUGAAGUCAGGUCACUCUUAUCUCAAGGCACGGCGGCAUAAAUGUCUACUUUUUCCAGGAAGAAAUUGUACAGUUGCAUGCAAUAAAAAGGGAUCAUUUCAAUGAACGAACGGCAAUUUGUUACACAGACUGAAAUCCAUAUUUUUGUAUAAUAUUAGGACUUUAUUCUCAUACUGUAAAAUUGUGAAUUUCUUCUCGUGAAAUGACUCCUUCACUUUGGCAAUACGUCUUUUUUUCUUGACAGUGUGGCGUACAGUAAAAUGUUCAUGACGCAGUAUCGUACUGGACAGCGCAGAAUGUUGUAAAAAAAAAAAUAAUAAUACAAAUGAAGAAUUGAACACAAAUUUGUUCGGAAAUGCUUCAGUGAAAAGUUUUUUUUCCAAACCCCCAAAAAUAUUUCUGCCUCUUUCUGCUCUUGAUUUUUGCUCAUUAGCAGAAUAAGACGGCGGAAAAUAUUUGCCGCCAAUGACAAAUUGCCUUUUUUUUUGGGAGAAGAAAAAAAAAACAUUUGCAGUUGUUUUAUUCGAUUUAUCUUUUUAGGUAUUGAACCCGACAUUUGUCAUUUUAAAACUCACCAAGAGCUGUGAGCGCAUUACCCUUCGUUGUGUUUUUCGUUGAAAUGUGUGCAAAAAAGAUGUCAUUGUGUGUCGAGAGCAAGCACGGAAAGAAACCAAGCUGGCAACAAAAAUGCACAAAGCUGCAAAAGUCUUCUUCGCCUUGUUAGUCCGAAUUCACACCGACCUGUGGCCUCAAUCAACUGCAUGAAGAAUGUGUGUGUGGGAUUUCUUUUUUCUUCUGAUUAUUGCAUUGUCCGCACAUGUUGGCAAACGUCAGUUGUACAACGUUGAAUAAACAAAGCAUUCCAACUCGCUUGCCUUUUUCCUGAGUGUUCGAAGAGGAAAUGAAAAACAAAUCGGCUCCUCUUCUUGAAUAUUUGCGUCCCAAAGUUGAUUUUGGGAAGCACAGAAAGCACAUCCAUCCGCUCAUUGCUGCCGAUCCAACGUCAUCAUCGAAACGGAAUCCCGUUGUCAGCGAGUAUUUUCUUUAGUCUCGUCCGAGGUUCCUUCAAUGAUUCAUGCGCAACGCUGCCAUUUGCGGAAAGCCGAAGCUGAAGUCGAAUGCCGCGACGCUCAUCGUGGGAUGAUAUGCAAAGAUGCCGAUGAAUACUGAAAGAACGCUUUGAAUCCAUUGAGACGUACGUCGGGGGCUUUUAUUUUGAAAGUCGCGGAAGAGAAUGCGCUGACAAUUGGAAGCUGCUCAAGUCCAAACUAAAUGGCAACGUCACGCAAAUUGCAUCCAAAUUUCCACGCGGCUGACCUCCGGCCAACCUUGAGGAAAAUCACUUAGCCGUCCGUAAUCCUUGAUCGAACGCAACAAGCCGCCGACAAACUUCUGCAGCGAACUUUUGUUUCACGUCGACUGAAGGGAGCGAGUUGAUGUCGGCUCGAUGUACUUUUGCCGCCGCUGCAAUUAUGAUUUGUUCAUUCCAAAGUCGAGUGGAGUUUUUGGGCCGCAGCUUUGCUUCCAAGCCCGCGCACACCACGCGCGGCAAACCUUUUUUUCUUUUUGUUGUGUCGGCCAUUGUCGCGCUCACCUUUGCCGAACUUCCAA